AUGAUUCUACCAAACAUUGCGAAAAUCAGAGAUAUGGUGGCGUGGGACACCUUGACGAAACGGUACAACGACAGCAAGCUGCUUAGGCGUCGGCAAGUCCAAGCUUUGUCAAAACUACCAGUGUUGGCUAAGGAGUCAGCCUCGGAGCUUCAGUUCUUGCUGGAAGGCUUUGAGCGGAUCGUCCAAAACUUGGAGCAGCUCAUUCAACUCCACGACUACAAGGAUUUGUUGUUGAUGGACAUCCUAGGAUCCCGCCUAGACUCGGUCACACGUCGAGCAUGGGAAGAGUAUUCGGCUUCCAAGGAACAGGAUUCCAUUAAGGAUCUAACGGAGUUCCUUAAAAAACGGGUUCGAGUGUUAGGUUUGCUACCUUCCAAAACUGCUAAUCUCAAGGGAGAGUCGGUUGGCAUGCCGAGCAAGAACCCCACCUCCCCACCACCCACCCCUGUUCCUGUUCCAGCCCACCACCUGUUCCCACCCACCCCACCACUCCCUGUUCCCACCUGUUCCUGUUCCCUGCCCACCCCACCUGUUCCCACCAGCCCACCCCACUCCCUGCCCUGUUCAGCCACCACCCCACCCACCACCCUGUUCCCACCCCUGUUCCCCCACCACCUCCACCUCAGCCUCACUCCCUGUUCCACCCCACCUGUCUGGCUCCCCACCUCCAGCCUGUUCACCUCACCUGUUCUCACCCCAGCCCACCCCUGUUCCAGCCUCACUCCCACCUCAGUCUGUUCCCAGCCUGUUCACCUGUUCCCCCCUGUUCCCACCCACCCAGCCCCCACCAGCCCCUGUUCCACCCCACCCCUGUUCCAGCCCCUGUUCCCACCUGUUCCCUGUUCCCUGUUCCUCCCUGUUCCACCCCACCUCUGUUCCCACCCCACCACCCCCCUGUUCCACCAGCCCCAGCCCCCAGCCCCACCCCUGUUCAGUCCUGUCUCCUGUCUGUUCCCCUGUUCCUCUCCACCCCAGCCUGUUCCCAGCCCUGUUCCUGUUCCCACCCACCACCCCACCCACCCCUGUUCCAGUUCCCCAGCCCACCCCACCCCACCCCACCUGUUCCUGUUCCCACCCACUCCAGCCCCUGUUCCUGUUCCAGCCUGUUCUCCCACCACCCCUGUUCACCCCAGCUCCCACCCCAGCUCCUCAGCUCCCAGUCUGUUCCCACCUGUUCCCAGCCCCAAACUCCACCCCAGCUCCCAGUUCCCAGCCCACCCCACCUGCCCCACCUCUGUGCCCCUGAACUCCACCAGCCCCACUCCCAGCCUCCCAGCCUCACUUCCAGCCCCACCAGCCCCACCUCCAUCUCAGCCCUGUUCACUCCCACUCCCAGCCCAAAUUCCUGUUCACCCCACCCCAGCCCUCCCACCUGUUCAGCCCCACUCCACCCCAGCUCCUGUUCCAGCUCCCACCCCAGCCCCUGUUCCCAGCCCUGUUCCCAGCUCCACCUGCACCUGUUCCUGUCACCCCACCUGUUCACCCCAGCUCCCAGCCCCACCCAGUUCCCCACCCCUCCACUCCCAGCCCUGUUCCCAGCUCCCCACCAGUUCACCCUGCACCCAGCCCCAUCUGUUCCUGUUCCCACCCUGUUCCUGUUCCCAGCCCUGUUCCACCCCAGCCCCACCUGUUCCCAGCCCUGUUCCUGCCCCUGUUCCCCACCUCUGUUCCGUUCCUGUUCCACCCCAGUUCAGCCCCACCCAAACUCCUGUUCCUGUUCCACCCUGUUCCCAGCUCCCGUUCACCCCAGCCUCACCUCCCACUCCUGUUCCCCAGCCCGCUCCCUGUUCCUCACCUCAGCUCCAGCCUGUUCUCAGCCUGCCCAGCUCAGCCUCAGCCUCCAGCCUCACCCUCCACCUCCAGCCUCACCUGUUCCCACCUCAGCCCCAGCCCUGUCUCACCUCACCCUCACUCCAGCCUUUAGUUUAG